AUGUUAAGAAGAAAUAAGAUAGUCAACCCCACUGACCAUUUUGACAGGAAGGCCACGUCCGCAGCAGAUGAGAUGCUGGCCCCCUCCUCCCGUCUACUGCAGAAGAGACGGGAGGCCAUGGAGGUCAACAAUGCUAUGACGCUGCAAAGAGAGGAUUUUGAGUCAACUCUCAGAGCCCUGAGAAUCCGCAAGGAUGAGCUCAUAGAGAAGGAGGGCCAGAUGAAGGAAUAUCUGCAGAAAUUUGACAACUUUCUGAAGGAGAACGAGGUGAAACGAUGUCGAGCUGUUAGGAAGGCCGGCCGAGAGAGGGAACUGACCAAUCAGAAGCAGGUGGACCUGCUCACUCUCCAGGAGGAGACGAAAGCUCUCAUCAAAGAGAGGGACCGUCUGGAGAAACGAGUGCAGAAGAAUGCCAUAUACCCCCAUUACCUUGAUAAAGUGGUACAGGCCAGUGAACAGUUUCAGGAGGCCAGACAGGUGAUGUCUCGCUACGACACGUUGAUGCUGACCCGGGAGGACCUGGUGCGGACCACCCAGCAGAACCAGGACAGCACGGAGAACGCCCGGGCCCAGCUGGCCCGCUUCACAGAGCAGAGCAAUGACACCCUGCUGCACUACAACAACACUCUGGCCCAGCUACAGAGCCAGCUGGACAAGGCCCGCGCUGAGGGCAUGAUCUGGGAAUCGAGAUGGGCCCACAUUCAGAACACAGCUGCCAAGAAGACACUGCUGUUGGGCACAAUCAAGAUGGCCACUCUUAAUCUGUACCAGUGUGUGUGCAAGAGGGCGAAAGACACUGGGGAAUCGCCUAUUGCUCCAGAGGACACUAUUAAGCAGCUGGAGAAGAUCCAGACCUUCCUAGCCGAUCUGAUCUGCAUUUGGGAGGAGGUGAACAAGCCGGAUCAGCCAGGGCCAACCGGACACAGAUAGAUGAUCCGCAUCCAUCAAUAGAGCUGUUUUGUAUGAAAGUUUAGAUUCUAUACUAUAUUGUCAUUGCCCUUUGCUUAUCAACAAAAAGCAUUAUUGCACUGAUCAGAUCAAAAAUAAAAUAUAUUUUGAGACAUGGAUAGUGUAUUUUCUGGGGGGGGGGGAUUGAUUACAGUGUGUUCUAUGUAGCACUUCACAUAGUAAGAUUGUAUGAAUGACCGUGUCACAAACCAUUCACUCUUAUAUCCAACAGCUAUUUAUAUACUCAUGAAUCAUCAUUGGCUUCAAUACAAUUCACCAAAUGAAUCCAAGGUUGACUGAAUAUUAUCACCAUUUGCAAUGCGGUCUAAUGGACUGUGGUUACUUAGUGUGAGCUGCCCAAUCGGAUUUCUACUUUACAC